ACUUCCAAAAGCUGGGGCUUUUUCAAGCCAAAAGGAGAAGUAGCUCUUACCCUCUUUUUAGAAGCCGCUUCUACUUCUUAACGCGCGCACUGUAGCGGCGAAUUAAUGAACAUUCCAAAAUACCAAUGGGUACCCUUGGUGGUUUCAACUAAUUACGACCCAUCACAUAUCAAACAGAAAUACCAUCAACUAGGCCAAACCCACUGCCAAGGGCGACCUCCCUCUCUCCGGGCAGUACACCCCUAAUGUUUCUCUUUCACUGUGGAAUCAUCUCAGUUCCCCAAAGCUGCAUCCUUUUUGGCUCUUGGAGAUCUGGAUUGGAUUUAGAUUGUGUUUUUGGGUUUAAAGUCCAAAUGGGUUCACCAGAAAGAUUGUUUGGCCGGCAGAGAAGCCUUCAUGAGAUCCUUGGAGGAGGUCUUGUUGCAGAUGUGAUCUUGUGGAGGCAGAAAGAUGUGACAAUGGGGAUACUGUUAGUAGCUUUAGCUGCUUGGGUGGUGUUUGAGAAGUCUGGUUAUACAUUGCUAUCACUGGUCUCUAGUGUUCUUCUCCUUCUCUUUGUCAUUCUGUUUCUCUGGGCAACAGCGGUUGCCAUUCUGAACCGACCAGCUCCACCCCUGCCUGAAUUUCAGUUAUCAGAAGAAAUGGGGAAUGAAGCUGCAGCUGUCAUCCGCACUCGUGUAAACGCUUUGCUUUUGGUUUCACAAGAUAUUUCUCUCGGUAAGGAUUCGAGGUUGUUCUUCAAAAUAGCGGCUUUCCUGCUUCUGAUCUACUUUAUUGGUGGCUUGACUGAUUUCCUGACUUUGAGCUACACCAGCCUUGUCAUUGUUUUGAAAAUUCCAGCAUCCUAUGACAGAUGUGAGGAUUAUGCGGACAAGUAUGUCAUAAUGGGUUACAGGAAAUUGCUGAAAUUGUAUGCUAAACUAGAUGAAGAAUAUGUAAACAGAUUUCAACACUUGAUAUUGGAGAAGAAGAAACUUAGUUGAUACUAAGUUCAUGUGAUUGAUGAGGCGAU